AUGGUCUCUUACUACGAUGAGCUUGAGAUUGAGGACUUUGCCUGGGACGACGAGGCGAAAGUCUACCACUAUCCAUGCCCCUGUGGCGACCGCUUCGAGAUCUCGAAGGCUCAGUUGCGAGAUGGCGAGGAAAUCGCCACCUGCCCAAGCUGCAGCCUUAUCGUCCGAGUUAUCUAUGACUACCUAGACUACGAGGACUACGAGACGUCGGAUGAA